GUUUUAAUGUUUUUUCUUAGUGUUUUCGUUUAAUGUUGUCCUUCAAAUAUAUGAAAUAAGCUAAGACACACUUUCAUAAUGCUAUACAAUUUUAACUUGAACUUCUGUCGAAAAUAUUUUUAGACAGUUUAAUUAUUCCAAAGCGUUGUGUAAAUUGUUAUAUAUAGGAAGCUUCCAGAUGAUUCUGUGGCUUAAAUAGUCUGAUCAAAAGUGUGUGGUUUAAGUUUUCUCUCGUAAAAAGUUGAUUUUUUAUUAUCAAAAUGUCUUUUCCCAGGUCUCAUUAUAGUGGAUUUCCAUUUAAUGCAGAGUCUGAUAGAGACGAAUUUCCAUUCAACAGAAACAGACAAGGAAGUUUGAAAUCAACUCUUGAUGACAUAGCAAAACGUCAUCCAGAACUUGCUGAACAUUUUCAAAACUUAAAUCAAGGUCCUAAACCACGAAAUAGACCGACAGAAGAGUUUAAAGCUAAAUUCAGGAAACCAUUUGGAGAACAUUUUCCAUUUGAUGACGAUUUUGAUAUAGAUAAAAAAUUUGCUCAGAAAUUUUGUGAACCUAGAGAAUUUUACGAUCCUCAAGGACAUUUUCCUCAAACAAGCUCUUAUCAAGGAGAAAAUAAUACACAUUCACAACAAACUCCAACUGAAGCCGCCGCUUCACAGCACUCACAACCUGAAAACAAUUCUCCAGCCUCACAAAGUACACAAAUUCCAGAAAAAGAAAAGAUCGGUAUACAACAAAGCAAUACCGUAGAUUUAGGACAGAAACAGGAACCUAUUGAUGACAGAAAUCAAAGAUCUAUGUCUGCACCACCAGGAGAAACUCAAAAGCGAUACACAUCUAGUAUUAAUAUCCCAGUAAAUACACCUUCCGAGAAUAUGUCUCACAACCAGCAGCAGCACCAGGAGCCAAAAUCAAAUGAAAGGAUUAUUCCAAUUCAGGUAGAGGGUCGAGAUAUUCCAGUUAUUCCUAAAAACAUUCAUAUACCCCCGACACAGUCACAUCAAAUGCCACAGAGACAUGACCAUUUUUCAAGGGCAGGGUUUCCCGACGAACAUUUCAGUCAAAAAUUUCCUCAUAAUUUUCAGCAACAACAUCCUAAAGAUGAAAUACCUAUUCCUGUACAAAGGGAGAAGCCUGCUGCAGAACAACACCAACAACAGGCACCUCCUCAACAAACAGCUCCCCAAUCUCAAAAAGUUGAAACCCAAGAGCCUAAAGUUCCACCUCCAGAACGCAAACGCGUGUCUCCUAUAGAGCAGAUUCAGGAAAUACAAAAGGACGUUUCUAAUUUGAUGGAACAAGUUGAAAAAUUUACAGGAAAAUCUAAAGACAAACAAUAUAUAUAUUUAGAUGAAAUGUUAACUAGAAAUUUAAUAAAACUGGAUAAUAUAGAUACACAAGGACAAGAAAAUAUUCGUCUAUCUAGAAAGGAAGCUAUAAAAUGUAUACAACAAGCCAUCUCUUUAUUAGAAAGCAGGGCCUCAUUAGACUCAGAAGAAAAAAUGAAUGUGGAUGAAAACUCACAGGCUGUUGCUGAAGAAAAACAACAGGUUGUUCCAAAUAAUCCUGAUAAUGGUAUUUCUACUAAACCCGAAGAUACUAGUAACUCAAAUGAACAACAAAUACCAGAAUCUCAACCUUCCACUGACAUUGAGAAAAUGGAAAUAACAGAAAAUAACACAACUGAACCAAAUCAGACAACUGAUUCUAAAGAGGAAAAUUGUGAACCUACUAAUAAGGAAACCAGAGCAGUAUUAGUAAACCCUAAAGAUGAUAAUGUACACGAAAAUAAAGAUGUAGCUGAUCCGAGCAAUCAGGAUACUGUUGAAAAACAGAAGAAUGAAGAAUGUAAAAAAGGAGAAAAGAAAACUUGUAGUCCGCACUAAUUUGUUAAAAUAUUUCAAUAAGCAGUAUAAUAUAAAAUGAGUAGUUCAUGUUGAGGGUGACGUCGUUUUUCCCAAAACUAUUUCUUAGCAACAAAAAAUUUUAAUUGAAGUAAUCAACAGUAUGCCUAUCAACAUUCAUUAAUAUUCAUAUCUACAUAUAAUUGUAAUUAUAUUUAGUUGAGCUGUGUGUAAAGAAGCUUGCCAUUACUAGAAAUUGAGAUUCAUUUAUCAAGAACACUAGUAAUUAUUAUAUAAUUAAUUUUGUAUAACCCGCCAAGUGAUAUUGUUUAUUGUCAGUUUUUACUCAGUCACUUUUUUGUUAUUUCACUGUUUCUUAUAGAUUUAUCAAAAAAAUUUUAUGAUUAUGGGUUAAAAUAUCUUGCAAAAUCAUUUACAAUUAGUACAAGUAGGGUGUUUUUUGUUUCCAUAUUGUAUGCUGGUCUAUAAAAUGGUGGCUAAGUUUAAUUUGUAUAGAUGAAUAGACGUACUAUAUUAACAAUUGUGAUUUUCUUAGUUUUGACCUUAGAGUGAGUUCUUAAAAAAAGUUGUGGUGAAGGUUUGUUGAUGGCAACAUGGUAGAUCUAAUUUGGAAUUGAUAGUUUUUGAGAUACCAUUAUCUACACAAUCUCUAAAGGUCUAAUAUAAAUUGUAACAUCACAUUGUAAAAAUAAUAGUUUAAUUACUAAAAAAAAAAGAGAUUGCUUCUGGUGUUCAAAAUGAAAUCGUUAAUUUAUUAGUCACAUAAAAAUGUUUUACUAGUUGUGAUAGAAUUUAUUGAAAUAAACUUAACAGCUAUUUCAUCCGAUUUGCCAAAACAAUGUUCAUUAAGUCACCACAUUUUCUCGUAAAUACCGUUUUUUUUCCAAUAAAAAUAUUUUAUUUCAAAGACGACUUUUUUGGCAAAGAGCCAGAUAAAGCACUUCCAAAUGGUCUUGCAUUUUUUGUUAAUCUCCGAAUCUAAGUUUAUUUUUUGUAGUAAACAACAAGUAAUAAAUUAUAUUUACAUAUUUGACAUUAAGUUGGUUUCUUAAUACAUGUUGUUCUACUAAAUAUCUUCAAAAGGCAUUUCAUUGUUUUAAGUUGCAGGUGUAGUGCGUUUAAAACAAAAUUACAAUUAAUAUGUCGUCUUUAAGUCUAUAAAUUUGGAAAUGGUAAAAAAUAUAUUGUACGUCUUGUAUCGAGAUUGGUUUGUAAUGGUUCACUACAGAACCAGUUUGGUCAGUUUUAUCAAAAGACAACUUCACUAUACUUCAAUUUUGAAGAUGUAUUUUGCUAUGUUUAAGAUUAAUGGAAAUAUUUCAAUAUUUAUAAUAUAAUAAUUGUACUGGUAGUGUGUGAUCAAUGAGUUUAUAUUUUUUACUUAGACUGAACUUUUCUGCCUUUUCAGAAACAUAAAAUCGAUGAGAAGCAUAUAAAAAGGUUGCUUUGAAACAAUUUUCAUGAUAGUUUUAGUCUUUAGUUAAUUUUGAAAAUAUAAAACAUUGAUAUACUCCCGCCACUCCAUCUUCAAAUUCAUUUAACUACUUCACUUAUAUAUAUCUUAUGUACUUUUCCUAAUUUUUCAAUCUAAGUGACAGCUUAUUUUAAUUCUGUACUUUUAAUAGUUUUUCUCUCGUAGCUUCCGCUAUCGAUUUUUUUAUAGAUUAUAAGGCUAUCUUUAACCUUUACACUGUGAGUGUAAUCCAUCUAUGCAAAUUUGGAAGAGAAGUCUAAUAGUCGAAUCUAUGAACCAUAUUUAUCACAUAAUAUAUGUGAAAAAUCAGCUACUGAUGCCUACUUCUCAUAGAAUGUGAUAAUACCAAAAGCUUUUAUUAAAAGUAUGUAACUGUUAGAUUUACUGAAAGCAUUAAUUAUUUUCGACAAAGACAAAUUUUUUGUUUGUCCUAAAUAUACCCUAGAGUAUCUUAAACAUGAGUCUUUGUAUUGAAAAUUAAUUUUCUAAAGUUUUAUAACGUUUUAAGUAAUAAUUAUCAUUUACAUUACAAGUUACUUGACAUCUUCAAUAGGGGUUAUACCCAGUAGUUGUGAGUCCUAUUAAAAAUAAAAUUUCUUGUCUUUGCUGUUUCCUCUGUUCAAUAAAUUGUUUUAUGGUAACUUUGAACUAAUCUAAUCUGUUUAUAAUUCAUGACUGAUACAUAUAAAAAUAUAAAAGAUUUACACAAAAAUCAACUUUUUUCAAAUUAUUUAUGAAUCUGUCAUAUUUUUUCUGUGACUAUUAUACAAGUAUAUUUAAAGUGAAAAUUUUGUGAUGCCACCCCAACGUUUGACUACUUAUUUAUAUUACAUUGUGAUAAACGCUUUAUAUUAACAACAAUGAUGCUUUUGCAAAAUAUAAUAAUUCACUACAGAUUUAGUGAGACUGAUUUAUUUUGUAGUCCGCACUACAUUUAACAGUCAAUUUGAAUAUUUAUAAUUUUAACAUCAGUGUAAAUAUUUUGUUUAGGUCCAGCACUUUGACUGUGAUUGUUUAGGUUUCUUGUGUUUUAAUUUUUGCCUUUGUAUAUAUGUUACAAUUAUUUAAAAUUGUACUCAUUAACUUGUUAAUAAAAGUUGAUUUUUCAUAUAAAA